AAAAUAAAAAAGUAUCACCGGAGCUGAUCAAAGAUUCAAUUUUGACAUUCAAUUCACUGCUUUUUCCAUCAAAUCUCACAAACCCAUUUCCUCUCUGUACCUUGACACAAUUUUUUUUUUUAAAAAUGCAGACUUCAAACCCGCCACCUCCAUCUCCACCUGAUUCCGCCGCCGUGGACACCGCGCCGUUCCUCCACCGCAGCCGCAGCUUCUUCCGCCGUACGCCGCCUCCGCCGCAGCUUAGGACGGCCGCGCGGUUCUUCAGGCACGCGAGCGGGCGGCGCAUGAUGCUCCGGGAGCCGUCGGUGCGGGUCCGGGAGGCGGCGGCGGCGGAGGUGGAGGAGCGGCAGAGCGACUGGGCUUACUCAAAGCCGGUGGUGGUGCUUGACGUUCUGUGGAACUUAGCGUUCCUUGCUAUUGGGGUCACCGUUUUGGGUUUGAGUGCCAAGGAGGAACCUUGUGUUCCCUUAAGGGUGUGGAUUGUGGGGUACUUGUUGCAAGGUGUGUUUCACUCUCUUUGUGUUGUUGUUGAAUUCAGAAGGAGGAGGACCCAAUUGGGUUCUUCCCUUUCUGAGCAGAAUAGAAGUUUCAGUUCUGGGAGUGAUGAUGAGUAUUAUGCUGUAGAGCAGUUUCAGGAGUGUGAGGGAAACAGCAUCAUGAAACACGUAGAGUCUGCAAAUACCAUGCUUUCAUUCAUGUGGUGGAUGGUUGGGUUCUACUGGGUGACUGCUGGUGGCCAGAGUUUGACAAGGGAUUCACCUCAGCUUUACUGGCUCUGUAUUACAUUUCUUGCUUUUGAUGUUGUGAUUGUACUGAUCUGUAUUGCUGUUGCAUGUCUUAUCGGUAUUGCCGUUUGCUGUUGUCUGCCAUGCAUACUUGCUAUUUUGUAUGCAGUGGCAGAUCAGGAAGGGGCAACCAAGGAAGAGAUUGACCAGUUGCCAAAAUAUGAGUUCAGAAUGAUAAAGGAAUUUAAGGAAGAAGGUGAAAUCCAAGAAUCUUCCAGAGGAAUAAUGACGGAAUGUGACAGUGAUACAGCUUCUGAACAUGUUAUUGCCUUAGAAGAUGCAGAAUGCUGUAUCUGUCUUUCUGCCUAUGAUGAUGGUGUUGAACUUAGAGAGCUUCCUUGCAACCACCAUUUUCAUUGCACAUGCAUUGACAAAUGGCUGCUAAUCAAUGCUACCUGUCCUCUCUGCAAGUUUAACAUUUUGAGGAUUGGUAAUCACCAUCAAGAAGUAUGAACUAGUUCCUUGUGGCAAGCAGCAUCAGACUGACCUUGCCCUGUUUUCUGUUCUCUGUUGUGUAUAUUUCUCUCCUAAGUCCUAACCAUAUUGGGAACAGUUUGUUUCCAUGAGCUAGUAUGUAUACAGAAUUUGAGUCCUCUCAUAACAUGACCCCAAAGACACAAAUAUUGUAUAUUAGCAAUAACAUUCUUGCAUUU